AUGUCUGCCCUCGAGGAACAACUCACUUUGUUCGACGCGUAUCCUCCACAGGAGAGGGUGAUCAACAAGGCGUUUAGCCGGCCACUCGUCCGGUAUAUCGAAUUCUUGGAGAACAUACACGACAUGGUCCUCAAUCUAAAGGAGAAAUGCAGUCGUGGCAAACUCGACCUCUUCAAAGCCUUUAGCAAAGUCAAAGUGGACGCAGGGGAGAUUCGUAGACUCAAUCGAGAUAUCGAAGACAAGCACAAACAAUUCAUGGAGGCGCUGGGUCUUUUUACCGCGUUACGCAUUCAAACUAUCGAAUAA